AUGCUUUUCAAAAGAUAUGUUGCGGAACCAAUUGGCCGAUCACUUGGUAUUCAUGAUAGAGUUGCAAGAAAGACAACGGGAAAUAUGAAAAUUAAAACAACAAGGCCAUCAUUACCGAGAAGUGGUCAUUCACAUUUUAGUCCGCUGGCUAAAUUUGCUGAAUCUUGCUGGCGUUUUACCUUUUCUAUAAGUUCAUUUAUUUACGGUGUUGUCAUACUUUACAAUGUAAGUAUAUAG